AUGGCGGAGGAGGGGAAACGCAGGCAAGAGGAGCUGGACCAUGUGCUAGCGGCAAAACUCAAAGAGCAAUUUGUGACCAGCUUCAUAGAAGUAAACAUCAUUUUGCGAGAAGAUGAAACAGUGAUUCGUUCCCAGUUUGUGAAAGCUUUGGCAAAGACCAUUAAGAACACAGUGACUGUGAAUGUGGAACUGACGGCAGAACAGUGGAAGAAAAAAUAUGAGAAGGAGAAAGAAAAGAACAAGACACUCCGCAACACGAUAACCUGGUUGGAAAAUGAGCUCAACCGCUGGAGGAAUGGCGAGACUGUGCCGAUUGAUGAGCAGUAUGAUAAAGAGAAAGCCAAUGCUGAGGUAUUGGCUCUGGAUAACACCGUGAAUAACGACAAGAUAGCUUCCACUCCCAACAUCCCUGGAGUGCGUCUGACGGACACCGAAAGAGAGAAGUGUGAGGCUGAGCUGGCCAAACUUUACAAGCAGCUCGAUGAUAAGGAUGAUGAGAUAAAUCAGCAGUCUCAGCUGGCUGAGAAGCUCAAGCAGCAGAUGUUGGACCAGGAAGAGCUUCUGGCUUCUUCACGGAGAGACCACGAUAACCUUCAGGCAGAGCUGAUGCGUCUGCAGAUGGAGAACGAAGCCUCUAAAGAGGAGGUGAAGGAGGUGCUGCAGGCGCUGGAGGAACUUGCCGUUAAUUACGACCAGAAGAGCCAGGAGGUGGAGGAUAAGACCAAGGAGUUUGAGACCCUCAGUGAAGAGCUGAACCAGAAAUCGAGUGUUUUAGCCUCAUUAGAUUCUGAGCUGCAGAAGCUAAAGGAAAUGACCAACCACCAGAAGAAGAGGGUGACGGAGAUGAUGUCAUCACUGCUGAAGGACCUGGCGGAGAUCGGCAUUGCCGUGGGUAGCAAUGACAUCAAGCAGCAUGAGGGCAGCGGGAUGAUUGAUGAGGAGUUUACUGUAGCCAGGCUUUAUAUCAGUAAGAUGAAGUCAGAGGUCAAGACCCUGGUGAAGCGCAGCAAGCAGCUGGAGGCAGCUCAGGCCGACAGCAACAAGAAGAUGGACGAGAACGAGAAGGAGCUGGCUGCGUGCCAGCUCCGCAUCUCUCAGUAUGAGGCUAAAAUUAAGUCUCUAACGGAGUACCUUCAGAAUGUGGAACAGAAAAAGAGACAGCUGGAGGAAAAUGUCGACUCGCUCAAUGAGGAACUUGUCAAAAUCAGCGCACAGGAGAAAGUUCAUGCUAUGGAGAAAGAGAAUGAAAUUCAGUCAGCCAAUGAGGUCAAGGCUGCGGUGGAGCAGCAGAUCCAGAACCACAGGGAGGCUCAUCAGAAGCAGCUUAGCAGCCUGAGAGAUGAACUUGAGAUUAAGGAGAAACUCAUUACUGAACUACAGGAUAUGAACCAGAAGAUCAUGUUGGAACAGGAGCGUCUCCGGGUGGAACAUGAGAAGCUCAAAUCUAUGGACCAGGAAAAGAGCCGCAAGCUGCAUGAGCUUACAGUUAUGCAGGACAGAAGGGAGCAGGCCAGACAAGACCUCAAGGGCCUGGAGGAGACAGUUGCUAAAGAGCUGCAGACUCUCCAUAACCUGCGGAAAUUAUUUGUGCAGGACUUGGCAACCCGGGUCAAGAAGAGUGCUGAGAUGGACUCUGAUGACACUGGUGGCAGCGCAGCUCAGAAACAAAAGAUCUCUUUCCUGGAGAACAAUCUGGAACAGCUCACUAAAGUCCAUAAACAGUUGGUUCGUGAUAAUGCAGAUCUGCGCUGUGAGCUGCCCAAGCUGGAGAAGCGUCUGCGUGCGACUGCUGAACGCGUGAAGGCUCUGGAGUCCGCGCUGAAGGAGGCCAAAGAGAACGCAGCACGCGACCGCAAGCGCUAUCAACAGGAGGUGGACCGCAUUAAAGAGGCUGUCAGAGCGAAGAACAUGGCUCGCAGAGGACACUCGGCACAGAUCGCCAAACCCAUCAGACCAGGCCAGCCACCUGUGGCUUCUCCCACCCACCCUAACAUCAACCGCUCAGGGGUGGGACUCUUCAAUAACCAGCCAGCGGUCAUCCGAGGAGGAGGCGGAGCCAAACAGUAAAAAUCAUUUUGAAGUCUGCAAGUCUAGAUGAAGUCAGAAGAACUGAGCUGGCCUUCCAACACUGGACAGUUCAACAGGCCUAACACUUUAAACUAUAUAUAUAUUUGAAUAUAAGUAUAUAUAUGUAUGAAAUAUUCCUACAUUUGGCUGUACAGUUGUCCUCUCUGGUCAUAUGUUUAGAGGUCCCAUUUCCCUGUUUAAACACACACCAAAAAAAAAAGAGAGAAAGAAAUAGGACAAAAAUGAGUGCAAUCACUGCUCUGUAAGUACCUUGUAGCUUCACUCUUAAUUGCAUUAGAUUUUUAGCCCUCACUGUGCCAAGCGGAAUGUAUCAUCAAAAAACUUUAUAAAGAUUAAAAAAGGCAGGAAUAAAUGGGAAAUUAACUUCCAAAAAAAGGGUCAAAAGAAACCCAGCUACUGCAUCCUCCAAGCUUAUUCAUGUAUGCAUCAUUGCGACUUGUUUUUAACUGUUUUGGAGAGAGUGACUUUGUUCUUGAUUGCUUCCACUGAGCAGUUUCCAAUAAACUAAUUCACUUGAAUGGAUAAUUUAAACACUACAGUGAGAGUACAUGAACACAGAACCUGUUUUUGUGCACUGGGGUUCUUGGGGCCUUACAAUGGUCAUGUUUAUAAAAAAGGAAUAAAGAAAGUGGAAGAAAAAUGAAGGUUUUAAGAGAACUCAAAGCUGCUGAUUGGAGACACUCCAUAUGUUACUUUCAAGCACUGUACAAAAACAUCGUAGUAAAUGUGCAUCAUUAACUGAUGGUGAUAUCAGCAUUAUGAAAUGUGCGCUCGGUCUGUAAAUGGAAGGUCACCUGUUAUGUUCGACACUGCUGUUUUUAAAAUUGAUGGGUUUAACAAAUCACUACUCAUCGGUUGACGCUAUUGAUUGGGAGUACUGCCUUAUAGCCUUUCAUUAGUUCAGCCUGUGAUCUAAUAUAAUGUGGCUAUGUGAAGAAAUGCGGUAGCAUUUUAACUAAUAGAUUUAGACAUUUUACCUCUGAUGGGUUUUGAAUUGAAUUCCCCAAUAAGGAAGUGGUGUUGGGCUAUUUUAAUCUCUCCUUUUAGUCAGUGAUCAUGUUCAUUUCACCCAUAAUAAGCAAUAUAGAGAAUGUUGGCGUUGUGGUCUUACUUAGCUUAACAGCAGCUGUUCUCUGUAUCUUGGUACAGAUGCAACAUCUGCAGAAAUGGGCAAAGUUUAUUCUAAACAACUAGUCCCUGGUUUGUUGAUCUCUAAACAAGCCUGUGCCAUGUUUGAAAUAAUAUUCAACCCUGACCAUUUUGCAAAUGCUUCAUCAGUGACCAUGGCCAGUCGAUAUUCUUUGCAGAUUUUCAGUCACUGAGCAUCGGUGGUCAUUGACUGUUAUUCUGAAAUCUGCCGUUGCAGAUUGUACGGACUAAACGCUUUCAUAAAUCUGGCACUAAGCUUUCAUCAUGCUUUGCUCAUGAGUAUUUAUUGUGAUUAAAUGUAGCCAUCGUGUUUGGCUUGCACAUUUAAUAAAACCGAAAGCAGUUAAAUGUUUCAUACCCACCACUGUUUGAAGAGUUUUGUUGCCUUUGUGAUUGCAGUUAGAAAUCUAGAUUUGAUCAUUAUCUUUUGAUAACUUUUCUCUUGUCCAGUUCUAGGACUCAGCAUGACGUUGCAGCGUUUUAUGGCCUAGCUGAAUUUACAAUAGGGUCUAUUUAAUAGUUAUUUACCAUGUUUUCAUUGUAUUUGCAGGUGGAUGUUUUAUUUAUUGAUGUUUUAAUAUAGAGAUGGGAAUUUUGUUUGUUUCUUUUUUUAAUACUUUUUUUUUCUUCUCCCCUCUUGGCUUCCACGGUCAGGUUUUCUUUCUGAUGACCUUUUCACCUACAUCUUAUUACUCCUUGUAAAUUUUGGUUGCUAUACCAAGCAGGGUGAUGGCUGAAUAACUGAUAGAUAUGAAUUUUUGUGCAAUAUGGAUCAGGCAUAAUUAAUUUUACAGAAUAUUGAUGUGAGAGAUUAAGGAUAACGUAAACAGACAUGACUGGCCUGGUUUUGUUCCAUUUCCCUCUGUACUUUUUGAAAGCACUUUAAAUGUUCCAUCUCAGUUGAUCGCCUCACUUAUUGUAAUCCGAGUUAAAGCGUCUCAUGUCAACUUGAUUAGAUGAUUUAGAUUUUUUUUCUUUUGAGUUUUGUAAGGGUUUUUUUUUUGUUUUUUGAACAUUUUUGCUUACAGAGACCAUUUUGUCUUGAAUCUGCAUUGUAGUUUAAAUAACAGAACCUGUGAUGAUGGAGAGGGAUCUUGGUGUGUCUACACUCAGCUCUCCCGAGUUGUGCAGAGUCAUAAACUGGACUGAACUGUAUAUUUCUUCUGAAUGCUUACUGUAGGGCAGGUUUUCACCCCUUGACAUGAAAUAAAAUUAAUGGCAAAUGG